AUGGUGUUAAGCAACGGUGAUGCGAAGCCGUUCCGAAGCGUUGAACUGGAUCAACGUUCGCAAUACUUUCGCCAGUUGGGCCUCAAUCGCAGCCGAGCUCACGCCCUGGCCGUUGGCUCCAUGAAGGUGCCCGAUUUCAAUUUGCGCAACAUUCAGCGGCAAAGAUAUCGCAUGAGCGUCGAGGCCGGCGACGAGCGCCAGGCGGAGGUGGACGCCAUUAUUGUCAAAGAAGUUACAACUAUGAUUGAGUCGCGCCAGGAGAGGCUCAAGCAGCGGCCGCGUACCCCGCCACCGCCGAGAGACAUCGACUGGCAUGGAAAUAGGGGCGUUCCACGGCAACGUGCACCAAGCCCCGAAAAUUUUGGACUGACUCGCCGGUUCGACGACCAUGAACGAAAUGAACAAUUCCGUGAGCGUAAUGACAACUUUCGUGAGCGAAAAGAUAGCCAUCGUGAGCGGAACGAUGAUUUUCGUGAGCGAAAUGAUAGAUAUCGGGAAGACAGUUUUCGUGCUCGGCAUUUUGAACGAAAUGAUAAUUUUCGUAAAGCAGAUGCUUUUAAUGAUACACCAAGAUUUAUGGAUAAAAUUCGUAACUCAAAUUUGGACGAUUUUGGUCCAAAUCAGUUCAGGGACGAAGAACGCAGCAUGUAUAAUAUAAAUCGUGAACCAAUUAAUUCCAAUUUCGGCUUAAAUCGUCGUUCGCCAAGUCCCGAAAAUUUUCGAUCAAACUAUGAUGAUUUUCGCGACGAGCGUCCAAGAAAUUUUCAAAAUUCCAAUAUGAACGAUUUCGAUGAUGAUUUGAGGGCUGCACCACGACAGCUGGAGAGCUAUCGCGGAACUAGUCCGGAACGCGGACGGGGACGGAUUGAUGUACGAUUCGAUAAUGAACCGGACGAACAACGUUUCUACAAUGAACGCAAUCAAAGUUAUCCGGAGGAUAAUUUUCGUCGACAGCCAGUCCUGGACGAACCUUUCCCAAGGAAUGUUCGGAAUGAGGAGCGACGUCCGGAAUUUAUAGACGAUUUUGGACCGGGACCCAAUUUUGUUAGCGAACCAUCGAAUUUUGUGGGAAAUAAUUUGAUUGACCGAAAUGAAUAUGCUUUAAAUAUAAAUCGAUAUAAUUCUGAUGGAAGUUUGCCAGACGAACGACGCAACUUUGAUCCCGAUUUCCAGGACAGAGCCAACAUGGGCCCCGAUUUCCAGCCGGAUACAAUGUUCAACAACAGAAAUCAAUCGAACUGGAAUAACAAUAAUAAUAAUAAUAAUCCAAUGAACCCAUCUAACUGGAAUAUUAAUAAUCCCAUGAACCAACCCAACUGGAACAAUAAUAAUAAUAAUCCCCGAAGCUUUGGCUUUUCGGGAGAUAAUCCGGACAUGAUGCUGCCCAGCUUUGUUGGGCCCGCCCAAAUGAGAAACAACCAACAGCAGCCAAGAAGCAGCUCCCUCAACAGUAGACCAAGUCCGGCGCAGGUUGCCCAAAGAUUAAACCAACAAAAGCCAUCGCCGAUUCGAACUGGCAACAAUGUCCCAAAAAAACCCCUGAUUGCCAAUGCACCGGGCAACAGGCAAACGGUCGGCAUGCCAACCAAAACAACUAAUCCAAAUCCAGUCAAUGCUGUGCCCAAAAAACCCUUACUGCCAGCUCCGGCUGGCAAAAAGGAUGUUCGCCACAAUUUAGUCAAAAUUAAUACGAAUACAAACCAAAAUCCAGACAGGCCGAGCACAUCGCAAGCCGCCAGCAAUCAGCUAAAUCUGGCAACAGCAGCUCCCCGAACUGACCUCUUCACAGCCAACAAGCGUGCAGCAGACGCAACAGGUUCAGGAUUUUUGACCAAGGCCGAGAUUAAGAGACGCAAGCUGGCCGUAAAGCGUGGAUUUUUGAUUGGCGGCAUCAAGCUGCCGUAUAUAAACAACAGUGCACGGGAGCUGCCCCAGCCGGAGGAUAAAUCCUAUGCGAUUACAUUUUUCGAACAAGAGCCCAUCUAUAAUACGGCCAUCUAUGUGACGGACAAUGAUGAGGGCGACAUUGCGAACAUUGAAUCGGACGAGAAUUCGGAUGAUGAUGAUGCUCCGCCAGCGGCUGCCAACCAGAUGGUUUUCACGCCGGGUACCAGAAAGCGCAGUGCCAUACGCAAACGGAUCAGUACGGCCUGGACGAGGCUGUAUCGGGCGAAUAAUUAUAAAUGCUGGCUCAACUGGUGGAAGGCGUACAAAUGGUGCGAGCCGGAGUUGAACAAGCAGCUGGAGAAGUUCGGUUCCUUGAAUAUCCGGCAGGCUUUUCUGCCCAACUAUCCGAAGAAAACCACGGAGCAGGUGAUAAAUCUGGUCAUGAAAUCGGCUCAUUUCGCGCUCGAGGAGAACACGAGCUCGCAUUUUCGUAACCACAAAACUCUAUAUAAGCUUAUGAAUGAGGUAUUUCUCGAGAAUCUCUCGUUGCCCGUUAUUGAACAGCUGCAGGAAAUGAUACGCGGCACCCCGAAUCAUAUUUGGGCAUACAAAAUGCGUAGCAUGGUUUAUCUCUGGGCGGAAUACUAUAAAAUUGCUACAGCUAGUCCCAUAGAUAAGGCAUAUUUUGCGGCUAUUCGGGCUAAAUGGAAGAGUCCCGUGUUCCACUGGAUGUGCAAACAGGCAUUCGAUGAGCUAAAGGCUAUCAGUGCAAUCGAGUGGCCGGAUCACGCUAAGGAGUAUGCGCGUCUAAAAUCUGCUUAAAGAACUAUAAAACCUAAGAUAUUUUAAUUUUUAGCCACUUUGAACAUAAUUGAAAUAAUGAAAACGUAUUGAAAUCAAUGAUGAUUAAUAAUAAUGUACGCUUAACAAGCAGUAACAAGUUUCUUUUGUACUUAAUCACA